GUUACUGCCCGCCUUCAUCUCCCCCUCAUCCUCCUCUUCCUCCACCACUAUUAUUCCUCGGUGCUUCCUACAGUCUCCCUUUUACUCAACCAAUUGAUCAAUCCCUCUCUUCUUCAAUUUCUGAUAUAUCAGGCUUCGGCCCGACUUCAGCGGUCCCACUUCAUCCUAUCGUGGCCUGUCAAUAGGGGACAUUCCAAUCCGUCAUGGCGUCCCAGACUCCGGCCGUUGUCAUGGACAACGGUACCGGUUACUCCAAACUCGGUUUCGCCGGUAACGAUUCGCCCUCUUUCGUCUUCCCUACUGCGAUUGCCAGCAAGGUAGGAGCCGGAAGCGCGGGAAGCUCUGGGAGUGGCCGACCACCUGUUGCGAAUAAGCCAUCGUUUCUGGGGGCAGGCUCUGGGUCAAGCUCGAACUUGUCGGCAAAGCGUGGGACUGAGGAUUUGGAUUUCUUCAUCGGUGAUGAAGCUCUGGCGGCUGCCAAUGGACCUGGCUACGGCAUCAACUACCCGAUUCGCCACGGACAGAUCGAAAACUGGGAUGCUAUGGAACGUUUCUGGUCCAAUUCGAUCUUUAAGUACCUGCGCGUCGAGCCUGAAGACCACUACUUCCUGCUUACUGAACCGCCCCUGAAUCCUCCCGAGAAUCGCGAGAACACUGCAGAGAUCAUGUUCGAGUCGUUCAACUGUGCUGGUCUUUACAUUGCCGUUCAAGCGGUGCUUGCCCUCGCUGCUUCAUGGACGUCCUCUAAAGUGACCGAUCGAUCCCUUACUGGAACGGUCAUCGACUCUGGUGAUGGUGUGACCCAUGUCAUUCCUGUCGCGGAAGGCUACGUCAUCGGGUCAUCCAUUAAGAGUAUCCCAAUCGCUGGUCGAGACAUUACCUACUUCGUACAGAGCUUGCUGCGCGACCGAGGCGAGCCGGAUAGCAGCUUGAAGACGGCAGAGCGGGUCAAAGAGGAGUACUGUUAUGUGUGCCCUGACAUCGUCAAGGAGUUUGCCCGCUAUGACCGCGAGCCCGAUCGGUUCCUGAAGCAUACCGUGACCUCCCCUAACGGCCGGAGCGUGACAAUUGACGUCGGCUACGAGCGCUUCCUUGCCCCAGAGAUCUUCUUCAAUCCUGAAAUCUACUCUUCCGACUUCCUGACCCCCUUGCCGCAAGUCGUUGACGGCGUUAUUCAGUCCUCGCCCAUCGAUGUCCGGAGAGGUCUCUACAAGAAUAUCGUCCUGUCCGGUGGAUCGACCUUGUACAAGGACUUUGGCCGUCGUUUACAGCGCGAUAUCCGACACCUGGUAGAUGCUCGUAUUCGCGCCUCGGAAGCUCGCAGCGGUGGUGCUAAGAGCGGUGGUUUGGACGUGGCUGUUGUGACACACAAGAGACAGAGACACGGCCCUUGGUUUGGUGGUAGUCUGCUGGGACAGACCCCUGAGUUCCGGAGCUACUGCCACACCAAGGCUGAGUAUGAUGAGAUUGGUCCCAGCAUUGUCCGCCGAUUUGCCCUCCUGGGUGGUCCCGGAAGCACCUAAGGUAAAUCAACACCGGAUUUAAUUGCUUGAAACUUCUGUCUGCUAGCUCUGUGUCGGUCCAUGUCUAUAACUAUUCUUCUGUCAUGAAAAUUUAGAUCAUUCUCCUUGAUACGGCUGCCUUUACAGAUUCAGGACGUUGAGGGACGACAAGGACGCUGCGUGCGCUGAAGUCUGACAGCCGAAUGGCAAUGUAAACAACAACCACAAUGUAUAUAUAUGCAAAUGGGACCAAUAUCACCCGAAAGCC